AUGUACGUAGGUAGGAAUCUUGUCGACAAGCACAUGGAGACGGAGAUUGUGAGUGAGUUAAUGGGACCUAACAAUGGUGUUGGGAUUGAGAGGAUGAUGGAGGAACCUCCAUCAAUUGCAGUGAAGCGCAAUAAGCUCAUCAAGAGCAUCAAAAAGCUCAAGGAGUCUAAAGAGGUUGUGUGUAAGAUCAUGGAUGGAAUCGUUACUUUUGCCAAUUAA